UACGUAUUUCUCGCGUAUCUGUCUAUAUGCAUAUUUGUUUAUUUGUUUGUCGUUUGUUAUCGGCCAAACUCAAUUGAUAAAAGUCUCGAAGAAAUGCGUAUUCAAUACCUACUACUAGGUGUAAUUAUAGUCUCGGUGAGGACGGCAUUUUGCGGCCAGGCGCUGACCGAUACCAUUUAUUUGGCGCCGGGCACAUCCGUUAAUAUCACUGCGAAUCCGUAUGGAAGCAAUGUGCUGCGCACCUUCUGCUACCCGGCCAAGUCUCGUUCAUUGAUCAGCCUGUUCGAGACGGUCGAGCUGACGCUCUCGAUUGCCAACGAUGACUAUUCGCAGUACGAUGGCCGGACGCCAGAGGAGGUGCUUCAGCAUUACAGUGAACAUCGAUCGCUCUUCAGCAUCACGCUCUUCUCACAGAAACGCCAGCGGGUCCAGCUAUCGCCGUUUGAGCGGCAAUGCCUUGGCAUUGCCUCCAAACAGCCGUACAACGUCGGCUUGAGACAUGUCCAAUUGGAUUGGAUGCGUCUGGUGCAGUUGAGCGUCGGUCUGAUCAUCAUUUGGAGCGCCGGGCAAUUGGCGAAGAACAGUGUCUUCUAUUAUCUGGCCGGGAUUGUGUUGGGCAUUUGUGCCUCAUUUCUGGUAAUCAUUGCGAUCACCGCCAAACUCUUUCCACGCCGUCCGAUGAUGUACGGCGUCCUGAUCGGCGGUUGGACAAUCGCAUUAUAUAUUAUCAGACAGUUGGUGCACAAUAUUCGACUUAUACUGGUCACAUACCGCGACUAUGUUGUGUGGUAUUUGGCGAUUACGGGAUUGGUGUCGUUUCUAAUUUGCUACCGCAUUGGACCACCGAAAAAUCCACGCUCCCAGAACAUUAUCAAGUGGGUGCUGCAAGCGAUUGGCGCCGUAAUUGCAUUUCUUAGUAGCUGGCACACCAGUGCCUGUAGUGUCAUCCUCGCUGGCACCUUUCUGGCCCUCUACUGUCCCGAUUCGCUGAUAAAUUACGCACGCACCGUUUACAAGCGUCGAUUUCCGCCCAAACGUCGCCUGCUCACCCAGGAGGAAUACUACCAGGUGUCAGUGAAUGCGACGGCCCGAUCUCUGGCCGAGCUGCGUGACUAUGUGAACAGUCCGGAUUGCCGUCAGUGGAAUAUGAUGAGCACGCUGCGGGAUCCGAUGCGCUUUGCCACCUUUGCGAACGGUGCACCGCAUUUGUAUGACGAGGAAAUCGAGGAUUAUUCGCGGGCCAUUGAGGAGUCGAUGAUCGGCACCGAUGAGGACGAGGCUGAGGAAUAUCUCAGUUGCAGCAUGUACUAUCGCCCAAUCACGGCCAGGAUCGGUAAUCAGCGACCAAAUGCACCGCUUCCCCCGGCACAGCGUCCCAUGCGGCACAAUCGGCUCGCCGGACAGCAAAACAAUAAUGUCAACAACAACAACAAUCAACCAAUUGACAACAGCGAUGCUGACGAUGAUGAGGAUGACGAUGAAUUUAUGGACCAGGAGUAAAUCAUACCACCACACAUGUCCUUCACAUCAUCACCCAAGACUCACUAGUUUUAUAAGCCCCAUUCAGAAAUUUCUGUUUCCUAGUCGAAGCCAAAAAUGCGUUCUUUUUUUAUGUGUGGCAAAAAACCCAUUUAUUAUAGUUAAUGUUAAGAGCAUUUGUAAAAAGACUUACAUUCAUUCUCUGAUUACUAUAAAUUAUUUAAUAAGACGAAUAAUACAAAUAAAAAUAAGAGA